CAAAAAGAGUAUUCCAUUUAAAAUAGUGUGACGCAAACUUUCUCUCUCCUCUCUCUUUCUCUCUCUUCCGCAACAUACCAAUUCUAGUGAGAGAAACUAGAGAGAGAAAACAAUACUGUAGAAUCUAGUUAAGGAAGUUUAACAAUUAUUACAGAAAAGUCUUCUUCGUUUGCUAACUAGCUAUGUUUCCGACGAAUUCUCCGAUUCCAAUUAAUGCCAAGCCGCUUGCUGUGCAAGAUGUUGCAGCUGUAAAUCGUGUAGAACCAAACAAUUUUUCUGUAAAUGCUGGGAAUGAAGCGCCAAAUGGGGCACUUCCUUAUGCGAAUUCCUUGAUGUCUGGUUCUAAGAAAUUGCAAGAUGAAGUAGAAAAAACUGGGAGUAAAAUGAAACAGCAUGAGGAUAAUUUAAAAUUCCUGAAGGCUCAAAAAAAUCAGCUGGAUGAUGCCAUUCUGGAUUUGCAAGUUAGCCUUGGUAAGUACAUUUCCUCCAGUGCACCCAAGACUGAAGACAGUGAUACUUCUCAAGUUCGAAGUGAGGAUGAAACUGUUGAGCAAAUAUUAAGGCAUGAGAAUUCUGCAGCUGGUAUAUAUUGCCAAUUCAAAUAUCGUCAUGGUUCACAGCUCUCAACUCCUAUUUUGAGUGAAGAUGUUCUUGGUGUUGUUGCUUCUCUAGGCAAAGUGGAUGAAGAUAAUCUCAACAGGCUUUUUUCUGAGUAUUUGGGCUUGCAGAAUAUGCUUGCAAUCGUCUGUAAGACUUAUGAAGGCAUCAAAGUUUUGGAAAUGUAUGAUGGUGAAGGACUGGUGAAUAAAGGUUCUGGUAUUCAAGGCCUUGGAGCUUCUAUUGGACGUGCUUUGGAGGGUCGUUAUUCUGUUAUAUGUCUUGAGUACUUAAGACCAUAUGCUGGUGAGUUUUUAUCCGAUGACCCCCAAAGGAGACUUGAUAUUCCGAAGCCAAGAUUGCCUAAUGGCAAUACUCCAGCUGGCUUUCUCGGCUAUGCUGUAAAUAUGGUUAAUUUAGAUAGACCCCAUAUCUUUUGUUUGACUUCAAGUGGGAGUGGCCUCAGGGAGACACUGUUCUACACUCUCUUCUCACGUCUUCAAGUCUACAGAACAAGAGCUGAGAUGCUUCUUGCUCUUCCAUGCAUCAGUGAUGGAGCUGUCUCUUUGGAUGGCGGAAUGAUUAGGUCUACUGGUGUGUUCUCCCUUGGUAGCAGGGAAGAUGUAGAUGUGAGGUUCCCGAAAUUCUCCCAGAGAGCAGGUCUCCCUGACAAGUAUUAUGAGCUUGAGAAUCAGAUCAAGCAGAAGAAAUGGGAAAAGGAGAGACUUCAAGAAGAUAUCAGAAGAGAACAGGCAUUGUUAGAUCAAGAAAAGUACAACUUCUCACUGAGAAAGCAAGAUUUUCUGAAGUUUUUAGCCGACAGCUCAACUAUCAUUACUCAGCAUCAGUUGCAAACAGCAGCCGCCCACAACAGACAGGGUCCCCCUCGAUGAUACAAUUCCUGUUGGAGUGACUAAGACUGCCAUAACCUCAAUGAACUACACGAAAUGUUGGAUUUUACCCCAUUUAUUUUAGGGGCUUCCAGAUGGUGGCAGGUUGCACUCCCGUUGGGUGAUUAGUUUGUAGGUUGUUCUUCGUAGUUGGAAUAGCAUUGUAAAGUAUCAAAUGAAUUCCUUCCAUCUCUAUCUCACCCUUUAGCAGGGAUUUGAGAACUUCAGGUUGUCUUGGCUUUAAACUGAUCUAACUUGUAUUUUGAAACGUCUGAAGCAAGUGAAAUGGAAUUCCGGGGGCUUUGGAAAGCUUAGCCCAUUGUUUUUCCUUCUGAACACUAGAAUGCAAGUGAUUUGUUGUUGAGCAACAGUUAAAGAGUAGUGGAAGAAUGAGAAAUUUUCGCUUUUUCGUCUUCGUGACUAGAGGUGGUAAUGUAAGUUUGUAUUAUUCCUUC